UUUUGUGACAGAACAACUGAACAGCAAUUGAGUGCAAGACCUUAAAUUUCAGACACCACUUGUAUGUUUGUCAUAAUCCAAGUAUUUGAUUGGUUGAAUCAGAAACAGAGUCAGAAUGGCUAGUACAGCAGCAGCAUUAGUAUCCUCAGCAAGCCCCAAGCUAAGUAAAAAUGGCUUCUCUAUCUUCAUUAAAAAACCCAGUGUAUUAUGCUGCAGAGGCUCUCCCUUGUCUUCUUUAUCAACCAGCAAGAUGUUCUUGAAAUACCCAUAUGCAUCAAGGCCCCACAAAAGAAUCAAACCCUUUUCUCCUGUUAUGGAAUGGCAGGAUUCCAAGGUUAAAAUGGAAAUUGAUGUCCCUGUAUCUGUUGCUUAUGAUUGUUAUCUUGAUCGGGAAGCCAUUCCCCGUUGGAUGCCUUUCAUUUCAUCUGUAAAGGUUUUGGAGGAUAAGCCUGAAUUAUCACGGUGGUCACUGAAAUACAAUGCGUUUGGGCGUGAUAUUGAAUUCUCUUGGCUUGCACGAAAUAUGCAGCCCAUUCGUAAUCAAAAAAUUCACUGGAGAUCAUUGGAGGGUCUUCCUAACAGAGGAGCUGUGCGAUUUUUCCCCAAAGGUGAUUCGGCAUGCGUGGUGGAACUUACUGUUUCAUACGAAGUUCCUCAAAUACUAAUCCCAGUGUCAGCGGCCCUGCAACCAUUUCUUGAAAGCUUACUAUUAAGAGGUUUGGAAGGUUUUGCAAACUUUGCUAGGUCCAGUGCAGCAGACUCAGCAUCGCAAUCUUUGCCCUAGUUUUCACAAAGGUGGAUCAACAAGACAUGGUGAUCUCUUACUGCACCAUCGUGUAUGUUGAAUCUGAACUGUAGAGAUAAAAACUUGUGCGCAGGUGCAGAGCUGUCAGAUACAAGGCUUCAUCAUUUUGGUCCUAACUCUCAUAUAUAAUACGAUACUAUAAAUAUUAUGUCAUCCUUCAUGUA